CCUGACAAGGAGCAUGGCUGCAGGUUCUUCGGAGGCUCCGCGGCCAAAAGCGGCCUCCGAGGGGCCGGUGGUGGGGCCCGCCGGCGUCCUGCCUUGUCUAGAGCUGCCGACCUACGCUGCCGCUUGUGCACUGCUGAACAGCCGUUACUCCUGCCUCGUGGCGGGGCCGCACCGAAGGCACAUCGCGCUGUCGCCGCGCUACCUUCACAGGAAACGCACCGGUAUCCGAGAACAGCUCGAUGCGGAACUCCUGCGCUAUUCCGAAAGCCUUUCGGGUGUCCCCAUUGCAUAUGAUAACAUCAAAGUAGUGGGUGAACUGGGAGAUAUUUAUGAUGAUCAAGGAUACAUUCACCUUAAUAUUGAAGCAGAUUUUGUUAUUUUCUGCCCUGAAACAGGGCAGAAGCUUAUGGGCACAGUUAAUAAAGUGUCUUCCAGCCACAUUGGCUGUUUAGUCCACGGGUGUUUCAAUGCCUCCAUCCCUAAACCUGAGCAGAUGCCAACCGAGCAGUGGCAGACCCUGGAAAUAAAUGUGGGUGAUGAACUAGAAUUUGAAGUAUUUCGUUUAGACUCAGAUGCUGCUGGAGUGUUCUGCAUUCGGGGAAAACUAAGUGUCACUAGUUUACAAACCAAGUGCUGUGCUAUUUCUGAAGAAGUAACAGAAACUGGCUCCGAAGAAGCUGUUGAAAAACCCCCGAAGAAGAAGAAGAAAAAGAAGAAAGACCCAGAGCCAGAUGAAGUAGAAGGCAGUGCCGCAGAGCCAGGAGGUCUAGCAGACGUCGUGAUGGAGGAGACCGACCUGCACUUGCCUAACAAUGUGAAUGGCGUCUCGGAUGAGGAGCCGAAGAAGAAGAAAAAGAAAAAGAAGCACCAGGAAGAUCAGGACCAGGACCCUGUUUUUCAAGCCAGUGACUCCAGUGGUUACCAAAGUGACCAUAAAAAGAAAAAAAAGAAAAGAAAGCACGCCGAGGAGGCUGAAUUUACCCCUCUGUUGGAACACUCUCCUAGAAAAAAAAGGAAAAAGUAAUUUUCUUAACUGCAUUGUAAAUAUGAUUCAGUAUCGAAAGGCUGAUUUAUACACAGUAGAUGAGUAAAUGUGUGAAUGAUAGGAAAUAGUUUUUAAAACAGGAAACUAGUGAUUAGGAGUUGAGUGUUUGAUGCUAAAAUUGCAGAACUGAUCAUUUGGAAAAUGCCAGUAUUAUUGAAGUGCCAUUUUAUUGUAUACCAAACGAAAGAUAAGCGUUCCUCUCAGUCUCGACUCUUGCAUUCUUCCAGCUCUUACGUGAUAAAUAAAAUUAUUUAUAUAAUCCCAAUACUAGCAAAAGGACUUCAUAAUGCAGUGUUAAUCAUCAUUAAAGAACGAAUUUGAGCUUAGGUGUUUGGUUUAUUACCUUCUUUAUCAUGAAAUUGCAGGCCAUUUUGUUUUUUGCUUUUUAAAAAAAUUCAAGGCAUUUACCAGUUUCAGAUUUUCCUUUAUCGUGGCGACUACAGUAUUUCUGUUUAACUUCGCAUGGUUUGCCAUGGGAACUUCUGAAACCUCGAGAGCCCCGAGGAACCGUGUCCCUGCUGGCUAUGGCAGGAAACAGUGUGCUGUCCUUCCCUUCCAGGUGCACGUUCGGUGGUGGUUUCUUCUCUGAGUCUAAGGUUGUGGAGAGGGGUGUUCUCUUGUACGUGCUUGCACCUCAGCCGUUCUGUUUUUGUUGUGUGUGAGAGGAAGAGGAUCUGGUGAAGACAGGAUAAAUCAGAUUCUGGUUAGCGGGGAAUUUCCCCAGUACUUUUUCAUAGUUGGGUUAGGUUGCUGGAAAUGGUUCUGAAGAGACAGCUGUUCACUGCUUUCAUUGAGAAAAUGUCAAACGUGCCUUAACUACUGAAAGACUGAGUAAUGAAAUGAUAAGCCGAUUCAGGCUGAUAAUCAACGCAUGGCAGUAUUCACUCAUGUAACAGGUAUUUGGCCAUCUACUGUGUGCAACACAUUCUACUGAGGUCCAGGGCUGUCAUGGCAAACAAAGUGAGUGCAGUUCCUUCCUCAUGGCGUGUCAGGAGAAACAGAUGCACAUGCACACAGUCAAAGUAAGAACACACAGAAAAUUACUCAUUAUGCAAAGUGCUACGAAGAAAAAGAAGAUGGUUCACUCGCUGUUAGUUGUGUUAGCAUCUUAAAUGAGUGAAUGUUGAAUCCAACUACAAGUAGCAGCCAUUUUUGUUGCUAGUUACAUAGUAUCAGAAACAGCACUGGUCUUACAUUAAUUUCUGUUAAUUUAUGAAUUCUGCUUGUAGUAUAUCUUGAUCCAAAUUUACAGUGGUAGAACACAGAGUUUGCAGUCUUUGCCUACAAGUAAUCUCCAGUGGAAAGGUGCAAGCCAGUAUCUUCCCAUACAUUUUAGUUUCAGGUGAGUAUUGGUCCCUUGAAACGGGAGUACUCCAAAUUGAGAUGUGGUGUCCGUAUAAAAUACAUGCCAGACUUUGAAGAUGUACAAAGAAAGAAUAUAAAUAUUUCAGUUUUGUAUAUUAGUGAACUUACUAUAGUUUUGGUAUAGUGGAUUAAAUGUUAAAAUUAUUCAAUUUUUUCACUUUUUUUUGCUUAAAGACUUAAAAGUGCACACAAGGCUCACAUGAUCUUUCUUUUGGACAGCACUGGUUUAAAGGAAGGAUGAGUCAAAAAAAGUUUCAAACAAGCUGUAUUCUCAGGGUUUAAUAUAGGGGGAUACUCAGAAGUUUUAUAAAUGUUUCCUUAAAAUUUUUUAUAUUUGAAUGCAUAAUUGUAAUCAUGUCUGACUUAAUAUAGAAAAUUAAGUUUUAGUGAAACAAUUCCCCUUCAUAAGUACCAAGGAAGUUUCAAAGUUCUGCUAUUCAUGAAUAAAUACAAUGUGGCUUAGCAAAGUAAGCAAAUUCCUACAUGUUUGUAUCUGUUCAUUUGGUGGUUUGGUCAUUUGUGUUUUAGAGAAUUUAAAAUAAUUUGCUUUUUUGAAGAAAUAAAACAUGCUUAACUUGAAACUAUAUUCAUGCUUUUUCACAAUGUGAUGAGCUUUAAAAAAGCAGAUCUGGUAUUUGCCUUGCCUAGAAUACAGUGACUGUUGUUUUUAUCUGAUGUAAAACCUCUGAUGAUGAUAGCCUCCAGAUAUUUUUCAAAACAUUUGUCACAUGCUGUGCUAACCUAGGUUUUAUCUUUUUAUCUCAGUAUUUGCUCACAGAAAUCCCCUGGCCUAAACCAGACUGCUUACCUUUGCUGUAAUUCCUAUCAG